AUGUCCAAUGCUGCCUUGCAAGUUUAUGGAGGUGAUGAGAUAUCUGCAGUAGUCAUAGAUCCCGGUUCCUACACCACGAAUAUUGGCUAUUCAGGCUCCGAUUUUCCUCAAUCAAUUUUACCCUCUGUUUACGGUAAACUCACUGCAGAUGAAAAUAGCAAGAAGAUGUUCUCUGAACAAUCCAUUGGGAUCCCAAGAAAAGACUAUGAACUCAAACCCAUCAUUGAGAACGGUCUUGUCAUAGAUUGGGAUACCGCACAGGAGCAGUGGCAAUGGGCAUUACGGAAUGAGCUCUAUUUAGAUUCAAACUCUGGUAUACCAGCUCUGCUAACUGAACCUGUUUGGAAUAGUAUGGAAAACAGGAAAAAAUCUUUGGAGGUGCUCCUAGAAGGAAUGCAAUUCGAAGCCUGUUAUUUAGCUCCUACAUCAACAUGUGUUUCAUUCGCAGCAGGUAGGCCCAAUUGUUUGGUAGUUGAUAUUGGUCAUGAUACAUGCAGUGUUAGUCCAAUAGUAGAUGGUAUGACAUUAUCAAAGAGUACAAGAAGAAACUUUAUUGCCGGGAAAUUUAUCAAUCACUUGAUUCAAAAGGCACUCGAACCAAAAGAGAUAAUACCCCUUUUUGCAAUCAAACAAAGAAAACCAGAACUCAUUAAGAAGGUAUUUGACUAUAAGGUUGACAAAUCGCUAUAUGAUUACGCAAACAGCCGAGGAUUUUUUCAAGAGUGCAAAGAGACGCUUUGUCAUAUUUGCCCUACCAAGCCUUUGGAAGAAGCAAAAGCAGAAUUAAGUACUACGACUAAAAGAUCUAUUGAAUCUCCUUGGAAUGAAGAAAUUAUUUUUGAUAACGAAACGCGUUACGGCUUCGCUGAAGAGCUUUUCCUCACAAAGAAAGAAGAUAUUCCGGAAUAUUGGCCUCGUUCUGACUCUGGAGUAGUGGAAACUUGGCGUAACGACUAUGUGCCACUGAAAAGGACUAAGCCAAGUGGAAGUAACAAAGCAGACAAGAAAGCAACACUAACUGAUGAAAAGGAUCAGGAUAUUGUGAGUAAAUCUACUUCUCCAGCUGCGAACAGCGCAGACACUCCGAACGAAAGUGGUAAGAGACCUUUAGAAGAGGACAAGCCUUAUGAGAAUAAUGAAUUGGCUGGUCUAGCUGGUCUUGUGUAUUCAUCCAUAAUGAGCAGUGAUGUGGAUUUGAGGGCGACGCUGGCUCACAAUGUCGUACUUACAGGGGGUACAUCAUCAAUUCCUGGUUUGAGUGAUAGGCUAAUGACCGAACUGAAUAAAAUACUACCAUCCCUAAAGUUUAGAAUAUUGACAACAGGGCACAUUAGAGAAAGACAAUAUCAAUCAUGGCUAGGUGGCAGUAUACUCACAAGCUUGGGGACUUUCCAUCAACUGUGGGUUGGAAAACAAGAAUAUGAAGAAGUGGGUAUUGAAAGAUUACUCAAUGAUAGGUUUAGAUAG